CAACCAACCAUCAUCAUCAUCACUAUCACCACGAAUUACACCCAUUAUCAUCAUCAACCGUUAUUGUUGUUGUAAAUCAUUAGCAUCAACAUCGUUUGGAACCAAUAACCCCCGAGUACACUGUGCACAAUAACAAUAAAUGAGAUUUGUAUGAAAAAGGAAAAGAGAAAAGUACAAUUGCCAAUACAAAAGAAAUGGGAAUUGCAAAAUCAACGACGAAAACAUAAAAAGCAAAAGCCACUUCUUAUUAUUGGGCUAUAAUUAUAGACUCUUGUUUAUCAUCAUCAUAUUGGAUCUCUUGUGUUGAUUGUUUUGUUGAUUAUUUUUUAUGUAUUUUGUUUUGUGUUGUUGUGUUGUUGUGUUGUAGUUCUCUUAUUUCAUCUUGUUCGCUCAAUUUCACACACAAACACCACCAUCACCGCCGACAACCAUUCAAUUCGAAUAUAUUCGUGUUGGAAUGACGCCUUCAAACACAUGCAGAAACAAAAGAAAAAAAGGACAAUAUUCUAGAUGUUAUUGACCAUUAUGGAUAUUGUUAAACGAUCAUCAUCUGCUUGUCCACAAUCAUCUAAUCAACAACAACAACCACCAAUGUCAUCAUCAUCAUCACGUCAUUUGACAUCGAGUAACACAGCAGCAGGUUCUGAAUUUCCAUUUCAAAAUUCUUCCGAUGUAUUCACGAUGAUAUCUCCUUCGCAAUCAAAUUCAAGUCCAACACAUCAAUAUGUUAAACCGCCUGCACCAUUGCCACCACCUUUAUUGUUGCAACAACAACGGCAGCAAAAAUGUUUGUCAAGUUUUUUGAACGAUGCAUUUGCCAAUUCAAGCACACAUUCACAGCCUCAAUCACCAGGACCAUGUUCAUCGUUAGCUGCAUCGACAUCCAUCACUGGAUUUAGCAGUGCGAGCGGUAGUUGCAGUGCAAACGGAUCUUCUUUUAUGAAUGGAUUCGAUCCGAUACAGAACCUGGCAGAAGUUGCGCCUUGUCGAUCUCAAUGGUAUCAUGGUCGUUUAGAUCGAAAAUCAUCAGAAGCUCGACUCAUUCGUUCCACACUGCAGUCAUAUUUGAUCCGAGAAUCUGACCGAAAACCAGGAUCUUAUGUAUUGUCGUUUUUUGGCAAUACCGGUAUCAACCAUUUUCGUAUAACGGCCAUUUGUGGCGAUUACUAUUUCGGUGGUAAACAAUUCAGUUCUCUCGAAGAAUUGAUUGGUUUCUAUACGGUUUGUUCGGAUUUAUUAAAAAACGAACGUCUUGUCAAUCCAGUUCCACCACCGGAACCUAUUCGGAACAAAGAACGUCGUGUGGUUGCCAUACUGCCAUAUACGAAAAUGCACGAAACAGAUGAACUUAGCUUUCGUAAAGGCGACAUUUUUAUCGUUCACAAUGAAAUGUCUGAUCGUUGGCUUUGGUGUACAAAUCUACGAAAUCAAGAAUCUGGAUUAGUGUUUGCCGAUCUAGUCGAACAAGUGGAUGAUGAUACCGAUCCGAACGAAGUGUACGGUUGGUUUCAUUCACGAAUAACGAAAGAGGAAGCGUUCGAAAAGUUGGCCCGUUCUGGACCAGGAUCAUUCCUGGUUCGACCUAGCGAUAAUUCUCCGGGAGAUUAUUCGAUAUUUUUCCAUGUCGAUAAUUCAGUGCAACGAUUCCGUAUUGAACGUCAUGGCGAUAAAUAUGUGAUGGGUGGCCGUGUAUUUCCAACGCUUGAGGCUGUUAUUCAACGAUAUAAAGAGGAACAAAUCGUAGAAGGUCAUCGGCUAUUGAAACCGGUGAUAAAAGCACCGUACGAAACGCGAUGGUCAACUAGUCGAGCGGAACAACUCCGUUCUACGGCUGCCGAUAUCUAUGCCACCAUUCGUGAAUGUCGUGAAAUGGCACAAUCUUGUCAGGACGGAAAGAAACGAGGUUAUUUGCUGAAAAAAUCAAACAAAACUAAAAAAUGGAAAAAUCUCUACUGUGUGCUGAAUGCUAAAGAGGCGAUGCUAUAUUUUUAUGAUAGUCCGAAACGUGCACGUCCAAAAUCGAUUGUUCAUCUUUCGUAUUCGGCCCUUUAUAUGGUACAUGAUUCUUUAUUUGAUCGAUCAAAUUGUUUCCAAUUGGUUGAAAGAACCCUGCCAUGCAUUUCUACCAUUUAUUACCUGAGUGCUGCUGAUUCAGAUCAAGCACAAGAAUGGAUGCAAGCAAUAAGGCCACAAUGUUCACCCAAUUUAUCGGCUGUCAAUUCGAGAAUAUUCCGCGCCGUUCAUGAAGAUCCACAUUUUGGGACAGCUGCAUUCAAUGGUGCUGCAGCCGUUGCAGCUACUCUUGAUGAAUCAGUCAGUCCGACGAGAAAAGCCGGUUCUGGUUCUACGAAUGGUUCAUCGCCUGCUGCUUCGGCCAAAGGUGUUUCUCGUCUACGUUCAUUGUAUAUAACCAUGAUCGAAGCACAUCGUCUUCCAGUUAAAAUAACUCCCCAUCCAUUUGUUGUGAUUUCAUUGAACACGGUCAAAGUAGCACGAACUUCAGUCAAGUGUCCACCAGAUCCUAUCUGGGAAGAAGAUUUUUUCCUUGAAGACAUUCCGGCCGAUGUCACCUAUUUCAAAUUGGUCCUGCUGAAUAAAGGCAAACGAUCAAAAGAUUCAGAAUUGGCUGAAAUCAAUGUCGAACUCAGUCGUUUUCAAUCGGGCGAAGAAUUCGAAGAAUGGCUUCAUUUUUCUGGCCUAACAUUGCCGAUUCGUGAUGAUUGGGGAUCGGUCCGUGUUCGUGUUCGAUUCGUGAACGAACUUAUCAUGCCACUAGCUGAAUAUUCACCACUCAAAGAUCUUCUAUUAGGUGAUGAUCUUGAAGUGAUCGCCAUGUGUGAAAAACUUUGCUAUCACGAUCGUUCAACAUUAGCGGCUGCUUUAUUGAAAAUUUCUCGUUAUCAACGUCGCGAAUGUCAUCUCAUUCAAGCUUUAUUGGAACGAGAAAUUCAACUUGAAACGGAUGUUUCGUGUUUGUUUCGGCCAAAUUCUUUGACAACCACAUUGAUCGAUCAAUACAUGAAGGCGACAUGUCAAGAGUUUCUCGUCAAAUCUUUAACCGAACCAAUCAACAAAGUUUUCGAUUCCAAGGCAUCAUGUGAAUUGAAUCCAGCAAAGCUUGAUUCGCCCAGUGAAGCUUGUUCAAAUGCUGAAAAUUUGCUUAACAUAUUGGACGAAAUUGUUGAAGUGAUAUUCUCGAAUGCUCACCACUGUCCACUGACUGUCCGGUACAUUUGUGCAUCGAUCAAGAUGGCUGUUAGUCUGAAAUGGCCAAACGAUCAAUUAGUUCGAACACGUGCCGUUUCAGCAUUCCUUUUUCUCAGGCUAAUCUGUCCGGCCAUAUUGAAUCCUCGACAAUUUGGUCUCAUAUCUGAAAUGCCAUCGGAAACAGCAUUACGAACAUUGAUUUUGGUGGCCAAAUCGUUGCAAAAUCUUGCCAAUCUAGUUGAAUUCGGAACAAAGAGCAUUUUCAUAACGCCCGAUCGAUUUGAACCACCUCCGCCUCCUAACGCUAAACGGGAACCAUGGAUGGAAGUGGUGAAUCCGUUUAUAUUGAAAAACAAAUCUCGGAUGAUCAAAUAUAUUGACGAGGUGGCUUCAUCCCCAUAUUGUAGCAGUAAUAAUAAUAAUAAUAAUAAUAAUAACAAUAAUAAUGGUGGUGGUGGUGGUGGUCCUAGCCAAUUGGAUCCAGAUUUGGUCAUCAAAUGCCAGCCAGAUCGUGAAUUGGCCACCAUUCAUUCGAUAUGUGAGAUACAUCUGUCACAGAUUCAAUUACAGGCACACAAUAGCGCUACAUUGAAAAAAUUGGCCACUGUCAUCGAAAUGUUGACCGCCCAUAAGCAUAAAUAUAUGGACAUGGUCUAAACACACCGUUCGACGAGUGUUUCUGUGUUACCAAAAAUUUAUUUGAGACCACAACCAAAAAACGAGAAUCCUUGGAUAUUUUUUGAAUUAGUUUUUAUCGAUGCCAAAAAAACAGAUUUGUCCAAACCCUUUUUCCAGUUUUUUUAAAGUAAAAUCAUUAUCAUUUUUUUCACCUGUUUUGUAAUAA